AUGAACGAUGAGAACAUCUUUCCCAAUCCGAAACAGUUCUGUCCCGAACGAUUUCUUGAUGAUCAGGGAAAACUACGCAGAAUUGACGAAUUUCUUCCGUUUUCUGUCGGGAAACGCCAAUGCUUAGGAGAGUCAUUGGCCAGAGCAGAGUUGUUCUUAAUAUUCAGCAAUCUUUUGAAGCAAUUCGAGUUUAGACCUCCUCCCGGAAAGGAUUUGUCCACAAAACGACUACUUGGGCUGACAGUAUCUCCGCCUGCUUAUGAAUGUGUCGUAAACACAAGAAAACGAGACGAAAAUUUCAAUCUCGUUUGA